GAGAAUACCUUAGUAUUGAAUCUCAAUAAAACAAUUUUUCAAUGUCUGCUAUUUUAAAUCAACUAAAGAAUAUCAAGGCUGUUUUACAUAAUCUAAUAGCCCUUCUUUGUGAAUUCCCACUUCCUAAGCGAAGUCAUUAAUUUCAUUUACGCUUCACCCAACAUCGUAGGUACGUAACGGAAAAGAAACAAAAGAUAUAUUAAAAGUACCAGUGUAAUAAUUAAAGCAUCAGGUUUUAUCAUACCGCUAGAACGAUCUCUGAGAAUCCAGUCGUGGUAAGCUGACACUCUCGUGUACAGAGUAGUUUUGUCGUAGUUCUUCCCGCUCACAACUCCGACCAACACUUCCUUCCGUUCUUGUCUCGUGUUCGUUAUCCCGUGACACGCCAAAGGCCCACCAGAAUCACCAAUAGCUACGUCUCCAAACGUGCUAUCCGUACAAAUAAAGUUGUUCAUAUCCAUUUGCCAGACAACAGAGCACUGCCACCGAGGCAAAACCCUGAUACGGGCCAAAAUAAGCUGAGGCGAAUAGCGUUCCACCAUGUUAUCAGACACCUUUCCAUAUCCAGCCGAGAAGCACGUGUUCGGAUAGUCAGCAGCCCUAGCCGCGAGAUCUAUAGAGCUUACAAACGGCGAGUAUAUCCACUUCUGAUCCACAUACACUAGAGCAAUAUCGUUGGACGGGAACAAGAAGUCCUUGUUGACCACAAUCCUUUUUAUUUUCCGCCAUUGUACUUCUUCUGUAGUCUCGGUUCUGCCGGAGUGAACUAUUUCAGUGUCCACACUACCUGCCACGACUCUCAAAUAGUCAGGGCGGUGAACGAAGAGGAAAUCGUUGGCUUCAAAACAGUGUGCAGCUGAUAACACCCUGUAGUCACCUAUAAUGCUGCCACCACACAAAUUUACCCACAACCAUUUAUCAGACUCAACUUUUCGGCUGACAACCUUAAUGGACACAAUGUACGGCACCUUGCUGUUUUCCACGGGAUCUCCACUCACAAUUGUCGGUUUCACGCGAUACUUUGAAUACUUUAGCGUGGUUAUGAUCCUUCUGUCGUCAACGCUCAUCGUAGUUGAUAUGAAAACUGUAAGCACAUGAUGAACAAUUAACAUAGCAAUGUUAACGUCCAUGGAUUGAAUUGAAAUCUACUGAUAUUUAUUUUGGAUUAUUGAACUCUAGUGCAUGUCUGAAUAAUUUUGCGCUAUUUACAUAACCGCGAAUUCUAGUUAGCUGUCAACCACAAAAGUCAAAACAGUAGUGAUUAAUUUCUGUCAGUAAAGAUGAUUAUCAUUUCUUCAGCUUCGUCGUGAUGAUCAUUUGAUGUUUUUAAAUCUAUCCAUCAAAGAGAGUACCAAUGGUACCAUGAUGGUAUCACAUGAGUGAGGAAACGUAUGAGCGUACAUCUACGUCAAUGAAUCUAGCUCACCUAGUGGUUUUGUUGUUAUGAAGGCGAUUUUUAUUUCGUUUUUCAACUAAUUUUAUUACAUAUUUCGCAAAAUAACCUAACAAUAUAUUUAGUAUUAAAUGUGUACUGAUUGUAAUUGAGUAGUUCUAUUGUUUACAACCAUCUCACUGAAAAACCGAUUCAGAUAAAAAAUAACCAUCAAAUCGAUCCACAAAUCCCGGAUAUCUGGCAACAAUAUAUAACAAAUAAGGACGUAUAUUGAUGAAUUGACAACCUUCUCCUUGUUAAAGUCGAUUAAUAAACUUAUAAACAACGUAAAAUAUAACGAGGAAAUGAUGAAACCGAUAAAAUAUGGAAAUGAUGGAAUAUGAACCGUCACCGAACUUAAAUUUCCCCUUAAAAUCAUUUAAGCCGCGUAAGUAAUGGGAAAACUCUUGACAAAUUACGCAACAGUCGACAGUCUAGUCACGGGGAUGAGCUUAGCAAACAAAUGGGGAAUCUUCAAAGAAAAUUAAGACGGACGCUAGAUAAGGAACCAUAGUAAUUACAGAGGCAAACUGCCUUUAUUACAGCGGUCACACAAUCUCUUUUUGUUUAUGUUAAUUUGGGUAGCAAGGGUUGUGAUGACGGUGGAAUAUCUGAGCUUGAAAAUCUUCCGGUUUACGUGCGUUAUAGGCCAAGAUCAGUGGGGAAUUCAAAUAUUUAAAGAAAUAGUUAUUAUUCCGAGUGUUGUUCACUUCUGAUAUCGGCACUUCACAUGAAUAUUCGUUUUUGUUAUUUGUAAACUUAACAUCAGUUUGUACUUUUCAUUCUUUUAAAGCAUGAUAAGGAUAGACUGUUGUUACAAAUAACAAAUACGAAUAGCCAAGUGAAGUGCCGACACUCGGCAUAACACGAAAAAAAAGUAUUUGCCGUUUGGUGUCAAAUGUCAACAAACUAGAUUUCGCUAGGUAAGUGCUGUUCUGUCGUGUUUUACUGAUUUUUUUCCGUUUAUUAAUAAAAUAUAAACGUGCUUCGGUUACUAGUUCAACACAACAUCAAAACCUACGUAUAUCACUGAAAAUGCGGCUAAAUAAAAUGAUCCGUACGUUGCUUCUCAUUUUGAUAUUUUCCAUUAAUCACACAGCAAAUGAACCCGACAAGCGCGUCCUUACCACACUGAAAUAUUCCAAAAAGUAUGCGCGACCUUCAGUCGUAAACGGAGUACCAGCGAAAUGGGGACAAGUGCCUUACAUCGUGUCAAUCAAAGAGCCAAUAGCUAAAGUAUCCAAACUAAAGAGUGUUUGGACAAAUAUUUGCGGCGGCAGCAUCAUUGGCCCAACGAAAGUGCUCACAGCGGCGCACUGUUUCGAAAGCCGCAACUUCUAUUACAAGAAGCACCCGCAUAAACUUCGCGUCGUCGCAGGCGAGUUUCUCACACAACUGAUCCAUACUGGUAACACUUGCACCACAGAAACGUUCCAAUGGCGUAGGAUAACGAAGGUCGCGACGCACCCAGACUUCUACUUCCCUGAUAACGAUAUUGCUGUAGCCCGUGUCAACCAACCAUGGGUUUACAAAGACAACGUAGACUUCAUUCUGCCUGCUGUUAGAGGGAACAUAGAGUAUCCGGUAGGCUGCACAGCGGCUGGGUUCGGCAGCAUAUCACAUACUAAAGGAAGGCAGACGAUCUCCCCUGUGCUUCUGGUAGGCCAAAUGUUCCUGUUGCCAAAGAAGAAUUGUUCCUGGAUCUGGGAAAUGGACAUGGACAACUUUAUCUGCACUUAUUCUUACAUGAGCGACGUGAGUCACGGGGACUCUGGUGGGCCUUUGGUUUGUAAAGGCAGUAAGGAUCCUGCAGAGAGGAGACUGAAAAGGAAUGCGCUUUUGGUCGGCGUCGUCAGCGGCAAGAACUUCGACAAGACUUCUAUAUUCACCAGGGUGGCUGCUUACCAUGAUUGGAUCGAUAAGAACUUGGCGCAAAGGGCUCGCCUUUCUGUUAUCACUCUGACAAUAAACUAUGUUUUGUUUUCUUUUUAAGUGUUAUUUGUAAUUGUAAUCAUCAACUCGGAAAGGGGCCGAUACC